GGAAGAGGAAGGAGGAGGCGGGGUCUGUGUGCCUAAACAGACAGAGGGUUUUACAUUGUACUCAGUGUGUCAAGUCAGUCCAGCACACAGCAGUCAGAACAGCUCUGCUGGUCAAAACAAACCCCGUGGAGGGAGGAUCGUUUCUGCAGCUGUCUUUGUUGGCAUACGUCGCCGGGGCUGCCUGCAGGAGGAAGAGCUGCAGAGGACUCGUCUCCUAUAAGCCCGAUCGGUCGGUGGUGGAAGGAGGACGUGAUAUGAACCUUUCAUCGGCUUAAACGGCAGCGCAGCCUAACAGCUCCGUGUGCAGGGGGGCACCGAGAGGACAUUUACUCCUUUAACCUGAGAAAAAAAGGCCCGAGGAAAGCGACAGAACCAGCAGCCAUGCCCGGCUUCGAUUACAAGUUUCUGGAGAAACCGAAGAGACGGUUUCAGUGUCCGCUCUGCAGCAAGGCGAUGCGGGAACCGGUCCAAGUAUCCACCUGUGGACACCGGUUCUGUGACACCUGUCUGCAAGAAUUCCUGAGUGAGGGCGUCUUCAAGUGUCCAGAGGAUCAGCUUCCAUUAGACUAUGCCAAGAUCUACCCGGACCCAGAGCUGGAGCAGCAGAUCCUUGCACUGCCCAUCCGCUGCAUCCACAGUGAGGAGGGCUGUCGUUGGACCGGGCAGAUGAAGCAGCUGCAGGGCCACUUCUCCACCUGCGCCUUCAACGUGAUACCAUGCCCCAAUCGCUGCUCUGUCAAGCUGACACGUCGCGACUUGACCGACCACCUGCAGCAUGACUGCCCCAAGCGCAAGGUCAAGUGUGAAUUUUGUGGCAGCGAGUUCACAGGCGAAGCCUAUGAGAACCACCAGGGUGUGUGUCCUCAGGAGAGUGUUUACUGUGAGAACAAGUGUGGAGCAAGGAUGAUGCGUCGUCUGCUGUCCCAGCACAGCAUGGCCGAGUGUCCCAAACGCACGCAGCCCUGCAAGUACUGCGGCAAAGAGUUUGUCUUCGACACAAUCCAGAACCACCAGUAUCACUGCCCUCGCUUUCCUGUCCAGUGCCCAAACCAGUGCGGCACUCCCAACAUCGCCCGUGAGGACCUGGCUAACCACGUGAAGGACAACUGUGGCAGUGCACUCAUCCUCUGUCCCUUCAAAGACGCUGGCUGCAAACACAGAUGCCCCAAACUGGCUCUUGGCCGUCAUCUAGAAGACACCACUAAGUCUCACCUGACCAUGAUGUGUAACCUGGUGGGCCGGCAGCGGCAGGAGAUCCUGGAGUUGCGGAGAGAGAUGGAGGAGCUGUCAGUCAGUCAUGAUGGCGUUCUCAUCUGGAAACUGAAUGACUACUCCCGUAAACUUCAGGAGGCCAAACUCCGGAGCAACCACGAGUUUUUCAGUCCACCAUUCUACACUCACCGCUACGGCUACAAGCUGCAGGUGUCAGCCUUUCUGAACGGCAAUGGCAGCGGCGAGGGCUCCCACCUCUCUGUCUAUAUCCGUGUGCUCCCGGGAGAGUACGACAACCUGCUGGAGUGGCCCUUCUCCUACAAAGUGACGUUCUCCAUCCUGGACCAGAGUGACCCGUCGCUUUCCAAACCCCAGCACAUCACAGAGACCUUCAACCCUGACCCCAACUGGAAGAACUUCCAGAAGCCCUGCAGCAGCCGCAACUCGCUGGACGAGAGCACCCUUGGCUUUGGCUACCCCAAGUUCAUCUCACAUGAAGAGAUCAAGAAAAGGAACUACAUCCGAGACAACUGCAUCUUUAUCAAAGCUUCUAUAGAGAUUCCCCAAAAGAUAAUGGGUUAAGAUACUUUUUUUUUUUUUUGUCUAUUCAUGAAGGAGGAAGAGUGAUAAAGACUGGAACUGAUACCUAACCGUGAAAAUUCUACAUAUUUACCCUUUAGAUACUUUCUGCCCUGACAGCCUUUCCACCAUAGAGCAUGAAGCGAGUCUCUUUGGCUGAGCAAGCUGCCUUGUAGGACCUUGAUGAAUCACAGAGGAGAACGUGUUUGGUCUGCAGAACCAUCACUCUCUGUUUUUUUUUUGGUUUUUUUUUGUUGUUGUUGUUUUGUAGUUGUUCUCUGUUUUGUUUUGUUUUUGUUUUGUUUUUUUAAUUUUUUUUUUUUCUGUUUGCUAACGUUUUCUCACAGUCUACAAAAGCCUUGGAAAUCAAACAGUGCCUAGAGAGUUUAUCAUAAGUUAUACUUUUGUCGUUGUUUCUGCAGUACAGAUGUUAAAUAUUAUGGACAAGAUGUAAAAAUAAAGGUGAAGGGCUUUGCUACGCUUAAAGUAGAAAGAGCAAGUUGUUUAGAUGCGCUCCGUUUUUAUCAUGGCUAAUCUGAAGUAGAGGGAACCGGCAAGCUCAAACUCAAACCCGACUGCCUUUUGUUUACACAUUCAUACAAUAUAUUGAUCCUUUAACAAACCCAUUUCCUGGUAAGGACUUCUCUUGAGGCUUACUUAACAACCAAAAAAAGGUGAGACUUGCAGCUCAAAUAAUUAGAAUUUUCAUGUUUUAAUGAAAUAGUCUGAUUUUGUUAGCCAUUACUAUGCGCUCAAUAUGAAACUACAGCCAGUUUUACUUAACUUAGCAUCGCUAAAAGACUGGAAAUUAGUUCAAACUGCCAGGCUCUGUUAAUGAACAGAAUCCACCGACCAGCAGCUGUAAAGCUCAGUCAUUGAUCCAAACAAAAGCCUUUAGAUGGAGCCAAUUUGCUAUUUGCUUUAGUUUUAGCUCUAAAUGCUAACCAGCUGUCAAAUAUCUAAUUUUCCAUCAACCUUUAAAAGCUAGACUUAAAGAAAAAAGGCUUUUUAUCUUUUUUCUUUUUUUUUUUUUUUUCCUUUGUCUAGUUUUUAUUUUUUAGAAAUAAAUGAGCUGCCAACAUUGAAGUUGUGGAUCUGUGUUUCCUUCCCAUUGCAGGAAUUCUCUGUGACUUGUGUUUUUGAGUAGUUUGACCCGGUCGUAACUAGCUUCAGGAGUACUUUGACGUACCAAACACACACUUCAUAGGGACCCAGACAGACUUCAUAUUUAUUGUGGAGUCAGUCAAUAAGAAAAGAAAAAGCACCUUUUGUCUCUCUCUGUAUGAACAGAGCAGACAAAGAGGCCAAUUUUUGGAGAACGUGCAUUUAAUAGUGAAGGAAAAGCCAUGUGGCCUUUUUAUACAGUAUGUCUUCGCAUGAGGGUUUUAGGGGUGAGCAGGGCAUCAAACACAUGCAUGCUUCAUGUGCUAACACCUGGAUCACACUUUUUGUACUGUAACCUGUAUUCUUGAAAUCCUCUCCUGUUGAUGACUAUUUUGUCACUUUUUUGGACCAUUUGAAAGUUGACAAACUGUCAAAAAGAAUAGUUUUUAAGUUUCAGUUUUUAUAUACAUAAAAUGUGAACACUCCUGGUUAUACAUCCUAUAAAGACCAAAAAAAAAAACAAACAAAAAAAAACAAAAAAAAAAAAAAACAAAAAAAAAAAAAACACCAGGGUGAAGUGUUAUCAUUUUGGGUGGCAUUUGGAGGCUGGCAUGAUCUCUGCAUAUAGGUGGGUGUCUUGGGACUGACUGCACCUUUGUUGUUGUCAUGGUUGACGGUAACUAUCUUCAACUUGACACACAGCUCAGUGAUGACGAAGAGCUACGGCCGUCCUCACCGCAGCACCAUCAGGGAUGUGGAGGACUUUGAUGAUACAGUUCACUCGUGAUGUAUGUGAAUACUAAUGUAAAAAUGCAGAAGCACAUUUUCUCUUUUUAUUAUUACAUGAAAAAAUUCCUCAUUUCUUGUCAUAAUACCAGCUGAUAUUUUACAUUGAUCUAAAGAAGCAAGAAAAUACGUUUUUGUAAGAUUCUGUAUUUUUAAAAAUAUUUAGCUGUUUUAUAAAAACUCUUUUUUUUUUCUGUUGGAGAGUCGGGGUUGACUUUGGGAUUUUUAGAUCCUUCUCUUGGACAUUUGGAUAAUAUGUUUGUCUGUGUGGUUUCAACCUCACAUAUCCUGUCUGUAUUAUUUCUUCUUAAAAGUAUUUAUUUUAAGGAGCUAUCAUGUGAGUUUGUAUUGAUGGCACAACUGUUUUAAUAUGUUGAUUGAUGAGUGCUUGUCAGUUUCUUAACUAAAAUAAAAUACCAUAUAUUA